CAGGGCCCCUUUGCUAUUUUUGUGCCUGGGUCCGCGCGUCACGGUUGGGUAUUUUCUCUGGUGACUAGCUCGCAUCAAUAGAUCUUCUAAUGUACACCCAGUCAGCCAGCAGCUUCAUGACUGAUGGGACUUUGCCUUGCUAAUUUAUUUCAUUAUUGUGACCCAGGCAUGAGGAGAAUGGAGAAACGGAGUAUUCAGUAUGAGGAAUGUCACAUGUGACUGUCGAUAUGGGACAGGGACUAUCCAAAUGCCAGAUGACCCUUCCCUACAAUCAAAUCGCAUGUACAUUGCAGUUACAUAGCAGAUAUUGCCCUUGAAAAUCAAUCCCAAAGAAAGUGACGUUGGAUUCAUGGAGUCACUUGAAACUACUGCAGGGGUGAAAAGCUCCACAGAGGGUCAAGACAGUAAUGUUGCACAGAAAAAAUGCACACCAGAGGCUGUACAGACUAGGAGGAGUCCAUCGGUCGAGCUGGAAGGAAAAGGGUGGCACCAACAACUGCAAGAAGCUCCGAGCAGAGACACGUGUGGUUUCAAAGAAAUGUCUGACUCAGGGAAAUCUCUACAAUUAGAAGAUCAGCACUCCCAAUCCCAGUCCACAAGCCACUCAGAGUAUGAGGUGUCUUCAUAUCCAGUGCAGGCCACAAAACAAUUUCUCAUAGGUAAACAGAAAGCUGUAGGUCAGUUAGUCCCUGCACAGUCCCCAGGGCCUGCAUCUCACAGGAAGUCCUCAAGUUCACUUGAAGUCCAACAACAGUGUUCCCAUUCAGGGAUGGAUCAGCUGUCAGACAAAGUGGAACCUGUGUGUAAGGUGGAACAGAAACCACAAAAGCCUGGGAAGUAUGUUUGUGAUUACUGUGGUAGGGCAUGUGCCAAACCCAGUGUGCUUAAGAAACAUAUUCGUUCGCACACCGGGGAACGGCCCUAUCCUUGUGUCCCCUGCGGAUUCUCCUUCAAAACCAAGAGUAAUUUAUACAAACACAGAAAGUCCCACGCUCACUUGGUCAAAGCUGGAACCGUGCCAUUCUCUGAACUAGGUACUUAUAAUGCCAAUGCAGACCAGGGGUCUUUUGAAGGGGAAGGAGAGUUAUUCUCUGAUGCUGAGCAAAGCACGGACACGGACGAGGACACUCUUAACGACCCACUGCUGCUGCUGGACUCUCCAGUGGAGGGAUCAGAUAACACCGCUGUAAAAGUACUGAAUCUCAUUGCUCAGAAAAAGGGAGCCACUUCCAUGUCAGCUCAGGAUGGUUCAUCCCAGGCCCAAGAAAUCAAUGCACCUUCUGCCAGUGCUGAGGCUAACCGUGCAAUUCAAUCUUGCACAAUCAAACAGAGGCUUGCACUUCGCCUGUCUGAAAAAAGAAGCAGCGACUCUGACCACAAUCUGUCCCUUCCAAGUCAGUCGAGCAAGGGCAGCACGGACUCUGGAUACUUCUCGCGCUCCGAGAGUGCCGAGCACCAGACUGGUCCUCCGAAUACCAAUGCAAAGUCCUAUCAAGAAAUCAUGUUUGGAAAGUGUUACAAGCCAAGCCCUAAACAGAUGACAGCUUUUGUGGCCUGCAGCACAGACUCAAGUGCAUAUAUUAGGAAACACACAGAAAAAGGUGUUUCCCGUGUUUUCACCCAGGAGAAGGACACUGUUGACUCAAUCAAAAUAAACACAAAGUCAUUCGCACAGGAGGAAGUGAAAGAACCGCAGUUAGACCCUGGCUCUGAUGUGGGCCCUCUGAUCAGGAGCAACUCAAUGCCAACGUCCUCAGCAGUUUGUCUGACUACGCCUCAAGCCCUCAGGGGCAGCCAUUCGUUUGAUGAGAGAACAAGCACCGGGGGCAUGAGGAGACUCAGGCGGCAAGCUGCUUUCGAACUCACUGCACACGAUGCGCACGCAGACUCUGACAGCCAUGGAAAGAUGAGCGAGUGCGGCAGUUCACCCUCAGGAAUGGAAAUGGAAAAUUAUCCCUCUAUGGCAUCUUAUAUGAGCCACCAGAGACAUGCAAUGGAACUGGCAACGCGAAAGCGUCGGAAAGAGAAGCGGGAAGAGGAGGAUUUGCCCUGUCAGUAUGAGGGUCAACAUGAACUGUGUGAUGACAUGUUUGAUUCAACUAAGGAUUAUGACACAAAACAAGCUGCAAUGGGCAUUAUUGCUUUAGGGAAAGGACAUUUGGGUAUGCUUGACAGGUGUGACAUGGACAUAUCAGUGAGCCCUGAAAUAUCUGCUCGAAAAACCUUAGGGAAUGUAAUUUCAGUUAUUCAGCACACAAACUCCAUAAACAGGCCUCACUGUGAACAGUCAGAAUCCUAUAAGUAUCAUGGGCAAAGGCAGGAAAGUAUUUCUACACUUCAAGCUAUGGAGGCGAGUGAAUCAUAUGAGAUGGAACGAAGUGAUAGUAGACGACGGCAAUCGUUUCAAAUGGUCCCCAAACUGGUACGACAGCCCAACAUACAGGUCCCAGAGAUCAGGGUCACUGUAGAGCCUGACAGUCCAGAAAAAGUUCCAGAGGUGCAGGUGAAGGAGCCAGAGAAGCACGUGGAGGAGUUUCAGUGGCCUCAAAGGAGUGAAACUUUAGCACAAUUCCCUCCAGAAAAACUCCCUCCAAAGAAGAAACGGCUCCGCCUAGCUGAUAUUGAGCACUCUUCUGGUGAGUCUAGUUUUGAGUCUGCCUGCACCAGUCUCUCCCGCAGUCCGAGCCAAGACAGCAACUUGUCUUAUAGCUCCACCUUCUCCUUUGACAGGGAGGAAAGCUUGAAGUCAGUCUCUCCUGCAAGACAAGAUGAAUUUGGCAAACCACUCGAGCUCUUAGCUGUGCCAGGGAGUGGGCACUCCCUCUCUGUGCUCACCCAGCGUCAACAACAUGAAAUGAGACGAUCCUCCUCAGAGCAGGCGCCGUGUAACUUGCGCAAGGAGUUCCCAGAGGUACGCAGCAUAUCAUUUGACUAUGGCAGUCUUUCUUCAACAUCCAAAGUUAGACACGUGGACAUCAGUGCCGCCCACUCCGCUCUGAAGGAGAGAAGGAGGGGAAACUUGGUGCGACAGGAGUCACUGAAUAUGGACACCGAAGUAACACAAGUCCCAUCACAAGUGUUAGCACAGUAUCACAGCAGCACCCCCCCUCCAUUCACAGCACUCGCUGCUCUGCCACAGACUUUGCCAAUAUUCUCCACUGGGAAUACAUUUCCCCAGCUGUCACAUCCAAGCCUGCUAGUUCCAGUAAGAAUACAAACCCAUGUGCCAUCCUAUGGCAGUAUCACAUACACCUCAGUAUCCCAGGUUUUUGACAAUCAGUAUGAAGGGGUCGGCUCUGUUACAGUCACCUCGAAACAUCAGACUUUGCGCUUGUCCGGAAAUCUUGACUCUCACAAUGGACUAGCUUACACCAGAACAUCGCCGCACUCGCUCAGUGUCGAAGCCCUCGAUUUGUCGUCGACCAAGCUCAAGACAGGCAUCCCUCUCUCUCUGACUUCUAGAACUAUCUCGACCACUAAUGCGUCCAGUGGUGGUGCGAACAAGCGGAUGCUAUCCCCUGCUAGCAGCCUCGACCUUUUCAUAGAAGUCAAGCAACAAAAACGUGUGAAAGAGGAGCGAAUGUUUGGGCAGAUAGUAAAGGAGCUGAGUGCUGUGGAGCUGGGGAAAUGUAAUUUGAGUGACCAGAAGGGGCACAGGUCAGAGAUGCAGGGUGCAUCUACACUGGACUCACAUCGGAGUACAUUUAUCACACUUCCGCAAAAAGUGACAGAGGCCACUGACCUCAGUGGUGAGUCAGCUAUGGAAAGUAGCUCCCAGGAAACCAUCUCUCCUCCCUAUUCUAUGAUAUCAGUGAGAGAUGUGAGAGAUGUUGGCAUGGAUAAAGAAGUGAAGAUGGAUGUGACGGCACAGCUGGUUACCAGUCAAGACAUCCUGAUCUCAGACACUGAGCAUUCGCGGGUGUUAUCUCAGUUUCCAAGUCUUCGCACAACGACAGGUGUGAGCUGGUGUUACCUCAACUACACUAAGCCGAGCUGCUCUCACAGCAAUUCUCCUUUAUUCUCCGUUUACGCCACCUGGUGUGUGAGUUCCCACAACCCAAACCCUCUUGAGCUGAGCACCAGCGCCGCUCUGGCUCUGCUGCGGUCCAAAAACAGGGCUGACAAGGUGAUAUACACGGUGGCGGCCAUGUGUCAGUCUGGCACAGGGAAACUGGUUUCAUCCCUCAUCUUGUGGAGGCAGACCAUGGAACAGCUGCAGAGGAAACCGGAGCCCAAAGAGGUGGACAUCACCUACGGGAAGAAGGUGAAAGAUAUUGGCAGCAAAGUGAAAACUGCCAAGGAGGAGUGGAAGGAGAGGGAGGCAUCCACAACACAAACCGUGCCAACUCGCAUUAAGAUCUUCGAGGGAGGGUACAAGUCCAAUGAAGACUAUGUGUAUGUGAGAGGUCGGGGCCGUGGUAAAUACAUUUGCGAGGAGUGUGGCAUUCGCUGUAAGAAGCCGAGCAUGCUGAAAAAACACAUCCGGACCCACACAGACGUGCGACCGUACAUCUGCAGAGUUUGCAACUUCGCUUUUAAAACUAAAGGAAACCUGACUAAACACAUGAAGUCAAAGGCACACAUGAAGAAAUGUCUUGAGUUGGGAGUGUCAGUGACGAUGGAUGAGACAGAGAUGCAGGAACAUGUUGACGAUAUCCAACAAGAGACAAAGACAGAGGUGACGGUCUCAACCAAACAUCAGUUCUCCGAUGCAGAGGAGUCUGACGGAAUGGACGAAGAAGCAGACGAAAUCGACGAGGACGAUGAUGAGGAGGAUGACUAUGAAGGUGACUCCACUCCAAAGUUGCGCUCAAGAAGCACAAGUCCUCAGUCCUGUGGGGUGACUUCUCUGUCAGUCACAGCCACUGCUGUCAUUCACGGCUGCUCCCUCACGUCUCUGCCUGGCACCGACCUCGGCCAACAUCCAUCAGGCAGGAAGACGGGCUCAGACCAUCGACCUGUUCUCGCCACUGACCAGAGAGAGAAGUCUGUAGAUGAAGACUCUUUGACCAUGCUUUCUCCGGACCAGGCCAGCUUCCUGUUUGACCCUUACUCCUCUUGCCUGCUCUCUCCCGGCUGGGAAUCUCCCAUUAGGGAGCCGUCCCCUUCACGUCUGCGUUAUCCAUCUCCGAGACGUGAGCUCUCCCCACGGGGUCGCUCCUCUCCCAGGUGGGACACCUCACCACUGAGGCCCAGCUCACCCAGCUUCUCGCCCAUUCAGCACCUCUCCCCGGGCUCAAUCGAGCGACCCAUGUCUCCUGGAUCAGAACUGGCUGGGAAACGAGAAUCCUCAGUCAGGGGCCGGCAGAGGGUUGUGCUGAGAGCAGUUUCACCGCGCAGAGGCUCGCACCAACACAAAGGCAGCGGUGAUAAGACCAGACAUCAAGCAAAGAUGGAGAUGGCUCAACAACAAGGGGCCUUUGAAAUGGAAAUGGAUCAAAGGAGCAGCUUGGCUUCAACUUUGCCUGGUGCUGCCAAUUCUCAUCACCAGAACAUCCUCAGCCACCUCCCUCUGCACUCCCAGCAGCAGGCCCAGAGUUUGCUCCCUGUUGUUCCCAUCGGAGCGCUCCAGAUGUUGCACUCCCCACCCUCCUCCAACACUGAUGUCAACCCCUCCUCGGCACCGAGCCCUCAGAGCAGCGAGGGCCAGCGCUGCAGCAGCAGAGAGGGAUCUGUCCACGAGGCUGAGGCGGGAGGAGAGGACAUGAGAGGUCAGAGCCAGAUGUCUUCUCAGGAGAAAAGCCUCAACUUUGGCGGCAGGGACAACAGACAGGAGGAGAGCGUGCAAACGUGUCUGAAAGCCAUCGCCUCGCUGAAGAUCACCACAGAAGACCCUCAUUAAGAACCUGUGUUUCUGGUUCCAUGGUCUAAUCCGCGAUCGGAAAGCCCUCCUGCUACACCUGCAAACUUAUCGUGCUCAGCCCUUUAUGCACAUAACCUCAUCUUGAUCCCAUUAGAGGCAAUAUAAUAACACUUCCUCUGGUCGUGCACAUACCCCACACAGCUCCUUUAAGAUCUGAGUGGAGAUCAAGCCUUUGCAGUGACGAGCAGAACCGUCCAGUCCUAUGUGGGCUUCUCUUUGGAGACUCUUUGAAGAAACUGGAUGAGCAGCAAGAUGGUUUUGCAAGUUGGAGAAUCAUUAUUGGGUGCUGGUGCAAUAUGGAAAGAUAUAAUGCUAAUAUGCCUUUGGUUGAUAUAGUUGUUUGCGUACAAUUGCACAUAAAUUAUAUUUAUGGAUUCUGUACAAAUGUCCUUAACAUUAUACUCCUUCUUAGAUGCAUUAAACCGUGUAUUUUACUGUAUGUGUACUUUGAACAAUAGACUGUUUAAUGUAAUCAUAUCAAGGUGUGAUGCAGUAGUGCAGUAAAUAAAGACUAUUUAUAAGGAAAAGUAUGGGAAAAGUAUGUGUAUUAUGAAACAGUCUGACCAAAUUUUACGUAGACGCUUAAUGUGCAGUUUGGUGCUUCUAAUCAAGCGGCAAGGGUCUGUGCCUUUUUUGCUUUUCAUCAUUUUCUUUAUCAGAGAGUUGCUGAGUAAGGAAAACGGUCGAGGUACUACUUUAUUUAGUCGGCGCUGUCGGAGAGAGAUCGCUCGAGGGAGAGCUCUUUCUUUUUUGCUCUGUCCGUUCGUGCUGACAGACGAAUGCAGCUUGAUUCAUGUGAAACAAUCUUAACACUAAAAUAUUUCUUAUGUUGCAUUUUUUCUUAAUGUUGUGAUUUUUAUCUUGGUAAAAACGCAUGGUAUUUGCUAUUGCACAAAAAUAGAGGACGUUAUUAUGUAAUUAUGAAUACUGUAAGAUGUAUUUAUAUAUUAGAACGUAAGCACUUAAUGAUACUGGUAAAUAUUUGACUACUAUUUAUAUGGUAUAUCUGUACUUAUGCAGCAGUGAUGCAGUUAUGCAGUGAGCCACGUUGGCAUUGCUUUUGAUCUCACGUCUUUGCUUUGAUUAAACAGACGGCUUUUUUCUCUCUUCUUCUAUGACCAUAAGCAUUUUAUGAGUUUUGAUGAUGCACUUUUCAUUCUUUCAUCUUUGACGUUGAACCGACGGUCGGUCGGUAAAAAACGGCGAGUAAAACGUGUCACGUUCUCGUGUGGUUUUGAAAACAUUCCAGUUGUUUUUUUGUUUUUGUUUUUUUCCCCUUCUUCUAUUUCGUUCAUUUCUCAUUGUGCGAAAGACGUUGCACACAAAUUCAAGGGGCUACGAUGACGAGUGAAUCCCGUUUUUUCUCGCAUUUCAAGUGUAACUGGAUAAAUCGAUAUCACUUACUGUAACUAAAGUAAUGACGUUAACAUCGUGAGUUGGUUGAAAUAUUACUGUGCUUCUUCAGCUCAAAAUGUAAAAGUAAUCAUUCACCAAAUGCAUUACUUCUUCUCUGUAUAUAUACCUGUAUUUUUAUGAUUUAAACUAUUUUUGCAGUGUUGAAUUCUGAAAACUUUUUAUGUGGAUUGUUUAUAUCUCUUUAAGAGGUACAAUGUCUGCAGUUAUAUAUGUGUGUAUAUACAUAUAUAUAUAUAUACAUAUAUAUGAAUAUAUCAGAGGUUAAAUGAGGGCAAAAAUAGCACAGUGUUGAUUGCGAACACCGUGUGUGUCAUCUUUAAAAAAGAGAAAAUCUUCAAGCGGUAUUAUUAUGUUACCAGUUUAAGAAUGGAUUUCAAAAUCUGGAAAAAAAAAAACACUUUGUUCACUCAUGUUUACAUAAAAAAAAAUUUACAAGGUGCACUGCUUUAAUUUUGUGUUUUCCCUUUCUAAAGAUGUAUGUAGCUUUGAGUUCAUGGUUAUGUAUGUUUAUUUGUUGUGGUAAUGGUGCAGAAUGCUCAUAAAAAUGUGAAGGGAAAACAAAGCCUUUUCUUUGCCGUUGCAUACAGAUGUACUCAGAUUGUGUUUGUGUUUUGUUUUUAUUGUGUAUUCAUAUUUACUGAACUGCAUUGUGCCUCUCAUGUCUAUGGAAUUCCCUGUAAAACACACAGAGGACAAAUCAUUUUUACCUCUCAGCUAAGAAUUUGUUUGUUUUUUUUUGAGGUAAAAAUCCUCAGUAGCCAAUCCAUUGUUUAGCUACUUGCAUCAAAAGUGGUUAGUCAGGACGGAGUGCCUCUUUUAUGCUAUGGGGAAUUUAUUGUUUGGUGCUCUACUUUUACAGAUUAAAUUUAAAAAAAAAAAAAUUGUUUUAAAGAAUAUACUUCUAACCCAAGGACGUGUGUUGGAGCCUUUUUCAUGUUUUUAUGGCAUCUAUGCUUCUCCUCCUGCACAAUUCACUGUUGUUCAAAUCAUAGACUGCAUAUAAGAGUGAAAGUCUUCUGGUUGCUAAGCAAACUCCUCAAGAAUUGCGGGUUUGACCAGCGACGCGACAGUUUUAGCAACCACAGGUUCUCAGUAACCAUGCACCUAAAGAACCAGCGAUUCCCAAACACUGGGUCGAGACCCACACAUGGGAGAGUUUUUUGGGGUCCCCAAACCGAUUUGUAGUGUUUUCCUAACCCUUAAGUUAAGAUUUAUGUGUAUAUGUUUUAAUUAACAUGCAUUAAAUAAAGUUUAAAGUAA